AUGAUCGACCGAAGAAGUGGGUACAGAGAAGAGAGGAGAGACAAGAGAGAGGAGACAGAGGAGACAGAGGAGACAGAGGAGACAGAGGAGACAGAGGAGACAGAGGAGACAGAGGAGACAGAGGAGACAGAGGAGACAGAGGAGACAGAGGAGACAGAGGAGACAGAGGAGACAGAGGAGACAGAGGAGACAGAGGAGACAGAGGAGACAAGACAGAGAAGAGAACAGAAUUAUUUGUCCAACCAGGUCCCCUGGAAGCUGCUUGGACAAAGUGAUCGUGUGCCCAAACCGGCAAAGUGGGUGUCGCACUGUCGUCCACAAGAGGGUGUUUGGAAGGUGGAAUCGCCGUGCUCUGGAGCCAAAACAAAAGCCGACAAAUCGGACGUGACACAAGUUGAUCACAGAUCAGCCCUGAAAGAGGUCAUUCUCUUGUUCCUUUCUCUUUUCCGGGAUUUUUUUUUCUUUUGA